CCUACCCGCGGCCCUUUAUCAUGUCCGAUCUCCGUCCGCCGGAGCACCAGGUCGCCGGCCACCGCGCGGCCCCCAACAAGCUUGGGCCGCUGGUCGACGGCGCUGGCCUCUUCUACAAGCCGCUCCAGGCCCUCGACCGCGGCGAGCAGGAGCUCGCCUUCUACACGGCCUUCUCCGUCCACCCCGCCGUACCGCCCCGCAUCCGGGACAAAUUCUUUCCGCGCUUCCACGGCACCCGCCUCCUCCCCACCGCGGCGACCCCCGGUGAGUCCCACCCUCAUAUCGUCCUGGAUGAUCUCCUCCAAGGCCUCGCCUCGCCCUCCGUCACCGACAUCAAGAUCGGCGCCUGUACGUGGCCCCCGCGCGCACCGGAGCCCUACGUCGCCAAGUGCCUUGCCAAGGACCGCGCAACCACCAGCGUGCUCCUUGGUUUCCGCGUCUCUGGAAUCCGGGUCUCCGAUGCUGGGGGCGCCGUUUGGCGGCCAGACAGGUCGGAGCUGAAGGGGACGGAUAUCCCCGGCGUCCGCUGCAUGCUCCGCCGCUAUGUGUCCUCGGUUGGCGGCGACGGCAUGGACUGCGCGCGAGCCGCGGCGGUGUAUGGAGGAGAAGGGGGAGUCUUAGCGCAGCUGCGAGAGCUCAAGGCGUGGUUCGAGGUGCAGACUCUGUUCCACUUCUACUCCGCGUCGAUUCUACUGAGCUACGAUGCCAAUGCGGUGACCGCGGCUGGUGGUGGUGGCGGAGUGAGGGUGAAGCUGGUGGACUUUGCACAUGUUGUCGAGAGCGAGGGGGUGAUUGACCACAACUUCUUGGGCGGACUCUGCUCGCUUAUCAAGUUCAUAGCCGACAUUGUCGCCGAGACGUCUGACGCGGCGCCUGAUUCUUGAGGAGAUUUUGGCUUUCGGGGGGUGAUACAAAAGGGAAAGUAUCUUUGCGGUGGUGGAAAUGUCAAAAGAGUCGCUGGCUGCCUUGGCUCCAAAACUAGGCAACUCCUACCUUCUUUAUAUAUUUAUUUUCUCAAGGACAAAAGUUUAGGAUUUGAGCAUAUUGGAACUGGUUAUACUGAAUAAAGGAAAACAUAGGUGGAUUGGUUUAACUAUGUAAUCGUGCCUGGCAGCGUGUGCCUUCUUAAUACUUUUUUUUUCGUGGAGAAAAUUUUGAGGGACCAUAUUGGUAAGG